AUGGCUACGCUUAAGAAUCUGCCGCGCUUCUUGUAUGAAGAGGUCGGUAGUCAUUGCGACAAUGCAACCCUCACGUCACUUAUUUCUGUCUGUGUGAACUUUUACUUCCUGUUCAGUGGGUUUCACCUCAAUCAUUUGUACAUGGCCGAAAUCUCGGAGAAGGUUGUCUCCUUUCUACACGGGCUCCGGUACAGAAGCCCCCGGCUCCUACCACAUUUCAAAGCCAUCAAGACUGCCAAAAUACAUUGCGAAGACUGGAAAUGGCCUGAAGAGGAUGUAGGACUUGGCCAAUGGCUAUUAUGGCUCCUGAGAAAGAUGACGGUGACUCCCAACGCCCUCCGCCUCAUCGCUCCAUCAAAUCUUACAGUAGCCUAUCUCGACUGCUGCGAUCCCUUGAAGCUCACAUCGAUUGAUCUUAUCGUCUCGCGGCUACAUAGACACUACGAUUCUGACAAUAACACUGUAUUUUACCACCCUGAUGAGUACACAUGGCUGUCGGCGCACUGCGGUGGACAGACAGGCAAACUGAAGCGCCUUCGCAUUGGCAUGGGUUUGGACACAAGCGACACUAUCAAGGCCCUCAAGGCACCCUUCCUCAAGGUGCGCACUAUCACCAAGGAGUUCCCCAACCUGGCAUUAGCUGGCUCUUAG